UUCGAUUUCUUAUUUUUCUUUCAUUUGUUCGCACGCCUGUCAGGCGAUGCGCGUAGCGCUUUGCGCUGUAAUGGCCUCAUCUAAUUUUGUUGUAUAUUUAUCAAUUUUAUGAUAUUUGUAGUACAAAUACAUUUGGUAGUGUAAUUUAAUUUUUAUUUAUAUUCAUAUUUAUAACUCCGUUAUAUCAAAAUGGCGAAUCAAUCCCAGAAAUCUGUGUAUAGAUUGGUUUUAACUGGAGGACCUUGUGGCGGUAAAACAACUGGGCAAUCCCGUCUUAGCACUUUCUUCGAAAACUUGGGAUGGAAGGUGUUCCGAGUGCCGGAAACGGCUACCGUGCUACUAAGUGGCGGUGUGAAGUUUGGAGAUCUCAGUCCAGAAGAAGCGGUGAAGUUCCAAGAAAACCUAUUGAAAACUAUGAUUCAAAUUGAGAAUACGUUUUUCGAGUUGGGGAGAACUUGUCAGAGAAAUUGCCUCAUAAUCUGUGAUCGUGGCGCCAUGGACGCUAGUGCAUUUAUUUCAAAGGAGAAGUGGGAGGAGAUGUUGAAUACCAACAAUUGGAACAGCGUUGAACUGCGCGACAACAGAUAUAAUCAAAUAGUUCACAUGGUCUCAGCUGCGAAUGGUGCGGAGGACUUUUAUUCAACUGAGGACCACGCGUGCAGAUCCGAAGGCGUGGAGUUAGCGCGGGAAUUGGACUACAAUGCAGCCGCGGCGUGGGUCGGCCAUCCGUACUUCGACGUCAUAGACAAUUCCACCGACUUCGAUAAGAAGAUGAACCGUCUCAUCGCGUGCGUGUGUCAACGCAUCGGAAUAGAUACCGGCGACCGACUCAAUGUCAACUCGAAGAAGCGCAAGUUCCUCGUCAAGACUCCCUUACCACCGGACACGGAGUUCCCACCGUUCCAGGACUUCGAUGUGGUGCAUAAUUACUUGCAGAGCGACUUCCGUAAAGCUCAGGUCAGACUUCGCAAGCGCGGUCAGAAGGGCCACUGGUCUUACAUCCACACGGUGAGGAAGUUCCACCCGAGCAAUGGACAGUCGGUGGAGGUUCGUACUCAGCUCACGCACCGCGACUACCUCAACCAGCUGCCGCAGCGCGAUGACGCCCACUUCACCAUAUUCAAGAAGCGCCGCUGCUUCAUAUACAACAAUCAGUACUACCAGUUGGAUAUCUACAGGCAGCCAACACAUCCCAGGUGUCGUGGCCUAGUGUUGCUUGAAACUUACAGCGCCGCGUACGAUCAAGACGCGCUGUUAGAAUCAUUGCCCAAAUUCCUUACCAUAGAGAAAGAAGUGACCGGAGACCCCGCCUACUCUAUGUAUAACUUAUCGCUAAAAGAAGAUUGGAAGACAUCAAAAAAGUAUUACUCCGGCAGCGAUAAGAAUGGACAAGCUAGGUGGAGUAUGAAUGGUCACGCCGGUGACAAAUUUAUUUGCCAUAGCGAUAAGAUGAAUGGCUGUGGUGGAGAUAAAGUUAACGGCCACGCUGAAAAGAUGAACGGCUGUGAGGGCAAGGUGAACGGCCACCACAAGAGGAACGGGCACGGUCCCCUCGCCAACGGGCUCGUCAUGAACGGCAAAGCUCACGACUCUGAGCUCAGUAACUUCAAGAGUCACGGUGAUAUGAGAACACCAAAGAUACCCAAGAAAGUCGCUCUUAAGACUUAAUUAAACACUACUAAAUGUAUUCUAGAAUUACAACUUUAUAAAAUUCCUCUUUAUAAUAUUUCAAUAUACACAUGAAAAUUUCAUAGAAGUUAAGGUUAAAUAAAGUGAAAAAAAUCAUGUCUAGUAAAUGACUUCUUUACCGCUAUUGCAAUUCGAUCAGUUUCA